AUGGCAUCGAUACCUCAGUUGGUCUUGCCAAUACUUUCGGCAUUUUGAUAUAAAAAUACAAAAUAUUAAAAACAAUAAGAAAAAUAAUACUGUAGGCAACAAUCAUGUCGUUUCAUUUAAGUACUAAGGAGCGAUUACUAUUGCUAAUUGAUGACAUUGAAAUGAUAUCUAAAGAAUUAAUAGAACAAGCUCAUCAAAAAAUAUCUAGUACCGAAUUGGCGGACUUACUCGACUUGUUGGUUUCCAAAGAUGAGGAGUUUAGAAAAAUGUUGGAGUUAGCAGAGGAGCAAGCUAAGGUGGAGGAGGCAAUGGACAAACUACGUGCUAAUGUUGAAAUACAUGAUCGCGAAAUACAAAAACUACAAAAAUCGCUGAAAGACGCUGAGCUCAUACUUUCUACAGCCAUAUUUCAGGCACGCCAGAAGUUGGCAAGUAUUAAUCAGGCCAAUAAGCGCCCGGUGUCAUCGGAGGAACUUAUCAAGUACGCUCACCGCAUUAGUUCAGCAAACGCAGUCAGCGCUCCAUUGACGUGGUGCAUUGGCGAUCUUAGACGACCAUAUCCUACAGACAUUGAAAUGCGCAACGGAUUAUUGGGUAAAUCUGAGCAAAAUAUUAACGGUGGACUUGUCACGCAUCAAAAUAGCACCAUUCAGUCAGACGCCCAACGUAAUUUAAGCGGUACUGGCGGCAGUGGUGCUGGCAGCGGAAAUGAAGUACCGAACGCAUUCCAAAACCAAUUCAGUUGGAAUCUUGGGGAACUGCACAUGAUGGGUGCAUCUGGCAACUCUGUGGCACUGGAAACACGAGCACACAAAGAAUCUUCAGCACAGGACGAUGUUGAGGUCAUGUCCACAGACAGCUCAAGUUCUAGUUCAAGUGAUUCCCAAUAGGUGCACAAAUAGUAGUAGUGUAGUAACUAAGACAGAGUUUUAUACAUAUACAUAAAAAUUAAAAAACAAAUUUAUUUA